AUGUUAGGAGCAAUAUUUUCUAUCGUCACAUAUGGUGCUUAUCCCAAUGAUAAUAUCGAUGAUACAGAUGCAGUGAAAUUAGCUAUUAAUAAGGCUAUUGAAGCCGGACAAAAUAAUAUUGUUCUGUUUCAAGCUGGUACGUAUAAUUUCAAAUCAGUUAUUGGGAUAUACAACGCUCACAAAUUAACAGUCAUGGGUCAAGGAAUGCAACAAACACUUUUACUUGGAAACGCGCCAGCGGCAAUGUUCCAACCUUUAAAUUGUCGAGAAUUGACAAUCACUGCAUUGUCCAUCGAUUUUGAUCCACUUCCAUUUACUGCUGGCUAUGUGGUGAGUGUGAAUCCGACUUAUCUCGAUGUUCAAAUUGUAUCACCGCACAAAGCUGAUAUUGAUCGAAAAGUGAGCGCCAUUCUUCGAUAUAAUCCAACGAUGAUGAGACCAGCAUUUGGCCCAGAUACAUAUGAAAUAUAUCAGGAUCCACCUUCGGAUCGAAACACAAGUUUAGUGUCAAAUGAUAUAUUACGUAUUCCAUUGAAAAAUCCUACAAAAUUUGUUAUUGGAGAUCCUAUUGUGGCACGCUAUAGUCAUAAUAGACACGCUAUUGAUGCACAAGAUGUUACAGAUUUGAAUAUUCAUUAUGUAACAAUCUAUACGUCUUGGCUUAUGGGUUUAGUUGCAAUGCGAGCGAAGGGUUUAAAUAUAAAUAAUUAUCAUGUUAUGCCACGGUCUGGACGGUGGAUGAGUACACCCGUAGAUUGUAUGCAUUUUUCAGACUGUCGAAAUUAUAUUAACAUAACUGAUAGUAAAUGUGUAGCACAAGGUGACGAUGGAUUAAAUGUACACGCAUUUUAUUUACAAGUAACACAAAUCAUCAGUUCUACAUCAUUGAUUCUUCGAGAAUAUAAUUGGCCUGAUGUUUUGAACGUUGGAGCUGGCACACGUAUGGAGUUUAGCAGUAGUCAACAACCGUUCACAGUCUAUACAGCAGCAACUGUCGUUUCGACAUCAAUUCAGGGUCCCAAUGCCAGAGUAUUCGUAUUCACUGGCCCUAUUUUUGCGAAUGUUGGAGAUUGGGUUUCAGUUGCCGAUACCCCCGUAUUAACUGUCAGGAAUUUGACUGUUGCAAAUAAUCGAGCACGUGGUGUCCUUUUAAAAACACGACGUGUUCAAAUAACAAAUUCAUUAUUUAUUGGAACCAGUGGACCAGCAGUGCUAUUUGAGCCAUCCUUGGAUUGGCAUGAAAGUGUUGCAGCACAAGAUGUAAAACUCCUUCAGAAUGUCUAUAUCAAUUGUAAUGAAGGCAUAGCACGACAAGGUGGAGUGAUUUCUUUUGCUCCAUUUCCACCUCAACUGAAUCGAAUAUUCUACGAUGUUAUUAUACAAUCAUCAACAUUUCUAUUUGGACCUUAUACUGAAGGCUUGCUUCAAAGUAUCAACGCAGCUAAUGUAUACAUCAGAGGAAAUUACAUAGCAACAAAUAGUUCAGCAGCUCUGGUUACAAUCUGCAACAGUCUAAAUAUUUGUGCACAUAACAAUACUUUUGUUAAUAAUCGUUUCUCAGUAAAUUCUUAUAUAUAUGAUACUAGAAGUCCUUGUCGUGAGGAGUUAAGUGAUUUAAUUGGUUUGUCUACAUCAGGCUUUGAUUCUCACUUUGCUCCACCUGUUAUGGCAACAAAAGCAGGUGUUCAACCUUAUGAUCACCAAAAUUACACACAUUCAUUCAACACAAUGGAUCUCUCUCAUAUUUUGUCGUUAUCCAAUAUGAUCGGGUGA